GUUUAGGUAAUUUCGACAUAUGUACCUCUGGCUAUAAAAGCUUCGAGAAAAUUUGCUCGAGUGGCAAGAGCAAGAGCGAAAAGCAGGCCAGUAGUUCCAGCCGAAAGCAUGGGUAAAGAAACUGCUGAAAUGGCUACCUUCAUGACCGAUUUUCUCCGGCAGUGCGGCGGCUGCGCCGUCGUAGACGGCGGCUUCGCCACUGAACUGGAGCGCCACGGCGCCGAUCUCAACGAUCCUCUCUGGAGCGCUAAAUGCCUCAUCAGUUCCCCUCACCUCGUCCGACGGGUUCAUUUAGACUACCUUGAUGCUGGGGCCAAUAUCAUUUUGACAGCAUCUUAUCAGGCUACAAUUCAGGGCUUUGAAGCUAAAGGGUUUUCUAGAGUUGAGGGUGAAGAAUUGCUAAGAAAAAGUGUUGAAAUUGCACUUGGAGCUCGUGAGAUCUAUCUUGAACAAUGUACGAAGGAUUCAUGGGAUUUCACUGGAAGUGGAGGGGGUUCGAGGAGGCCAACUCUCGUAGCAGCCUCGGUUGGUAGCUAUGGUGCUUAUUUGGCUGAUGGGUCUGAAUACAGUGGGAAGUAUGGUGAUUCAGUUACUCUAGAAAUGCUGAAAGAUUUUCACAGGAGAAGAGUGCAAAUUUUGGCCAACUCAGGUGCUGAUUUGAUUGCAUUUGAGACGAUUCCAAACAAGUUGGAAGCUCAGGCAUAUUCUGAGCUUCUUGAUGAAGAGGGCAUUGAAAUUCCUGCUUGGUUUUCUUUCAACUCCAAGGAUGGAAUCAAUGUGGUUAGUGGGGAUUCUAUAUCUGACUGUGCCUCCAUUGCAGAUGCUUCCAACCAAGUAGUUGCUGUAGGAAUCAACUGUACUCCUCCCAGAUAUAUUCAUGGGCUAAUCUCGUCGAUUCAGAAGGUCACUAACAAACCAAUAGUGAUUUAUCCAAACAGUGGGGAGACUUAUGAUGGUGUGACCAAACAGUGGUUGAAAUCUGACGGAACGAUAGAGGAAGACUUUGUAUCAUAUGUAAGAAAGUGGAAGGAAGCCGGAGCUUCUCUGUUUGGUGGGUGUUGCAGGACCACUCCAAAAACCAUCAGAGGCAUAGCAAAAGCGCUUUUUUAUAAAACUUUUUAAGCUGUUUCCCUCCAUUUACGAGCUUUGAUUUCCAUGUUUAUGACAAGUGCUCAAGUAUUCACAAGCUUCUUGAGGAUGCAAUAAUUUGAAAUGAUUGAUGGUUCCAUUUGCAAACCACCAAAUGCAAACUGUGUCCCAAAACCAGAAAGGAAAAGAGAAGCCCAUAUGCUUGAAGACAAAGGCAAGCAAUUCAAUUCCAAGUCUCUGCUCCUACUUUUGACUGCCUAAUUAAAUCUUUAUGAUUUGGCUUUAGAUUCUCUGAGAGGGAAAGUGAGAGCCCAUGUUGUUGGGUUCUACAGCAAAAUAAUUUUUUUGGCCAAGCCUGGUUGUCCUACUGGUAGAGCCAAUAUAUUUUAUGCUCUUGUUUGUAUCAAAAGUUAAUUAAAAAAUAUUGCCUAAUGAAUUUUCUCCUGUAAUAGAAAUAUGAUGCUGCAUGGUUGAUGGUAUUUGAA